ACGAAUGUAACAAAUCAUGCACUCCUUUUCCAGCCCUUGUAUGCAACGUUGAUCCUCGUUAUGCCCACGUAUAGUAGCUAGACAUCAUUCUUUAAGGCUGGCAUACUGUUGUUUUCUCUGAAAACUAUAGCAUGACCGCCCAACUCCUGACUUCGGAGCUCACCAACCUCAUACAAGACGCGAAGAGGAAAAAUCCUGAUCUGAAAAAUGCAGCCGAAAAAUCUUUACAGGAACUCAAGUCACUUCAUGUCACCUCUGAAGAACAGUUGACUGCUGAUCUUGUCCGUCGCCCUCAGUUCAUAGAGCCAUUUCUCAUUGCCUGCGGAACCCAUAACUCCAAAUUCGCUAGCCCAGGAGCGGUAUGCCUGCAAAGGCUCUCCGUUUCUCGUGGUAUCCCAAAAGAGCGCUUACGAGAUGUCCUCCAGGCACUACAGCAGUGCAUCUCUCUCAGCCUGGAUGUCCAACUGAAGGUUCUUCAAACAUUGCCAUCCCUCCUUGCAAAUUACUCAAGUGAAUUGAGAGGCGAAUUGCUAGCAGCAACUUUAACCAUAUGCUCUUCGCUCCAAGCCGUGAAAACUCCCGCAGUCAGUAGUACUGCAGUAGCUACACUCCAGCAGCUUGUGAGCUCGGUGUUCGACAAGGUAUCCGAUGAAGAUGAAAAGGCCCUCGAAAUUCCCGCUACCGUUGCAGUACCUAUAAAGGAUGGCUCCAUGCCAGUCCGUCCUGCAGCUCACGAUGCGUAUUCUAUUUUCCAUGAUCUUUGCCUCAUUGCAGAAGGUAACCAGCCAAAAUAUGUCCGCUUUAGUGUCGUGAAUCAAGCGUCUGGUCUCGAACUCCUAGAGACAAUUCUGUCAAAUCAUGGCUCUAUUUUUUUGUCUCAUCCUGAGCAAGGCCACCUCCUUUGCGUUUUAGUAAUGCCGCUGGUUUACCGGUGCUUGAACGAAGGAUUAUCAUUCCAGAUUACGGUGAGAGCUUUUCGAAUACUGCAUGUCCUUCUCAGACAGCAUCUCUCCAUCUUGUCGACUGUAAGCGAAGAAGCCCUGAUAUCCGUUGUGCGUAUGCUGGACGAGAGCAUGCCUUCCUGGAAAAGGGCACUUGCUUUGGAAUUAUUCCGCAGUAUCCUAUCUGAUCAAUUCCUCAUCGUCGCUAUCUAUUCCACAUACGAUCAGGUAGAGGGUCGCAGUGACAUAAUCCGCGAUAGCUUGAGCUCUUUCGUGCGCAUGUCUACUGAAAAACCUUCACUCAUAGGACUGGGACAGCAGUCUUCAGCUCCGUACAUCAGCACAGAGCGAUCUCAAGAAGACCAUGCUGAACAAGCUGCCAUGGAGGCGGGAGCUAUAGGUGGUAUGAUAGGUAGUCCAUCAGUCUCGACAAACAACACCGGUAUCUCCGUUCAGUGGAGCACACUCAGAACAGCCUGCAUUGAUUACCUCGAUAAAGCAGAACCACCUCCACUUCCAGAGACAUAUCUGUACAGUUUGGUCCUUACAUGCAUCAAUAAUCUCUCGGAAAGCUUGGCCAGGUUCAUUUUACCGCUAACAGUCCACAUGGAGACGAAAAGCAGAAAGAAAAGCAGAGCGCAAGGGGUAGUAGACGAAGAAGCGCCCCUGGCUGAUGAUGCUGACAUUAGUAUCAAAAGUAAACGAAGAGUAUCAAGAACUCAAUCCUUCAGAAAAAAGACAGUCCCUGUCAACCCGCUUUCCCUGGGCAAACACAAUGCUCUACCAAGGGUCAAGAGCAUUGCAGAUCUCGUUGAGACUUGCUGGCCAGCGGUGCUCGCCACGUGUUCAACCUUUCUGAACGCAUCUCUGGACAAUGACUAUUACAGGGCGCUUGUUAGGUCUUUCCAAAAAUUCACACAGGUCGCUGGGUUGCUUAGACUAGCUACUCCAAGAGAUGCGCUCCUAACUACGCUUGGCAAAAAUGCGGUUCCAGCAAACGUGCUCACUGCUGGCGUUAUAUCGCCCAAGACCGGACAGAGCGAUGGCAGUGGCAUGUCAAUUGGUACUAGAGGAUUACUGAGCGUCGACAGCAUUGUUAGUCAGGCUUCCUCCCUGUCUUUCGAUCGAGUACGACGCGGGUCAGUGGACGUUUCAGCCCCUCAACCGUCGUUGAAUGCACGGAAUCUCUUGUGUUUGCGGGCCUUGUUGAAUCUUGCUAUUGCACUAGGACCGACUCUAGAGACAGCAUGGAGUAUCGUAUUUGAGACUCUUCAGCAAGCAGACCUCAUCUUGGCAGCUUCAUCCGGCAAGGGAGACUCUCGCGAUCAUCGCUCUACUCAAGGUUCGGGCCCAUUGCCAAAUAUAGCGGAGACCAGCAUACAAGACGUUAGCACAGAGGCUACAGCUGUGCAGGCCGCUGCUUCUAGGCUUUUUGAAAGCACCGUUGACUUUCCCAACGAAGCAUUCAUAACGGUAGUCCAAGCUCUCUGUCGACAAUUGCGCGCUAUACCCAGAUCUUUUCUACCAGGAGGUCCUACCCCAGGGCAAAAACCUAGUCAUCCACGACGUGUAGGCAGCGUGACUGGCAUUACCCUCAAUACAGAUUCUGGUGCUCAAGAAUAUGUGUUUGCGCUUGGAAAAAUUGGGGAUCUUGCAGCGAUGAAUCUUCACAGAUUGACACAUUAUAGUGCAUCUGAAAGUGGGUGGGACAUUCUAGUUGAGGAGCUAAACUUGAUCACGAAGAACCAUAGCAUACCCCCAAAAGCACGCCGAAUGAGUGCGGACAUUGUUGGUCAAAUCGGGCAGGACAUGGCGAAACUUUCAAUGUCUGAGGAGCUAGAUGUACGCAAGCACGUGCAAAGCACGUUUUUGGAUGCUCUGCUGUCGCAAAUAUCCUCACUGUAUCAAGACCGGGAUAUCAUCAAAUCCGACGAUAUCGACGAUGUUACUAUGGACAUUCAUGAUAUCGCACUUCAAGCUCUGAGAUCGAUGCUGGAACAGUGUGGCGAAUCGCUCACCACGGGAUGGGGUUCUGUCUUUGCUAUCCUUCGCAGUGUUUUCAUAUACACUGGAUCUCAAUCAUCUCAAGUCGCGGUCGAAGAUCAUAUAGAUUCUGAAGAGGGAUAUGAACUAUCCAGUCCGCGUAAGCCACCGACAAAUGUCUAUCAAACAUCAUCUACGAUCUCAAGACGGCUGGCUCGCUCUGCAUUCGACUCUGUCCAGCUAAUCUGCUCUGACUUCUUGAUCAACAUCCCAACCGAAGUUGCGACGGUAUUGUUGGAGCUCAUAUUGAAGUUCACAUCACAAGACCAAGAUUUGAACAUGUCCUUGACUACCAUAACUUUCCUCUGGAAUGUAUCAGACAAUUUAAAUCACAAGACACAGAAGAUAGAUCUGGAAGAUAUGUCUUCUACCAGAACAAACGAGCUCGAACUCGCGCAACUCAUCAGCGAGCGAGCGAGAGAUGGCUCCGUAUCCGCAUUAUGGCUGCUGGUACUGGUCCAGCUUUCGGCCGUCAGCAUUGAUCAACGCAUCGAAGUACGCAACGGAGCCAUCCAGACGAUCCUCAGGAUCUUCGAAAAUACUGGUGAUGAGUUACUUCCGAACGGAUGGCGAUUAUGCCUGCAUGCUGUCCUUUUCAGGCUCGUUACGUCAAAUCUAAUCAUUCAAGAGUCUCUUUCUGCUACAGACAGCACUCUACACAUAGAGCGUAUGAGAGCAUGGGAUGAGACUUCUGGAGUCGUUUUAUCUGUCGUAUCCAAUCUCUUUGCCUCCAAUCUAGAUUUGAUUAUGCAAGUGGAAACAGUUGAUGAUAUCUGGCAGGUUCUCAUAGGGCUUUGGCGCCGGUAUCUAGCCAUAGGAUCUCAUAGCUUGAGCACUUCGACAUACACAGCUAUCGGUAGUAUACUCUCCAAGGUCCAUGACAGAGAUGCUAUUGGUAGUAGAGCUAGCCAGCUUGUCUCAAGCCUCUUGAUAAACAAUUUCCCCGAAGAGAUCAGAGUCAUGGAGACGGCAGAUUCCAAUCAGGAAGCAUAUAAUGCAUAUGCAAAGACAUUCGGAGAAGUCUAUCGACUAGUGUCGGCUGAUCUGAGUUUAGACAUAGUUCGCCAAGCUCUUAGGAAUUUUCGGCGUCUUGCCGAACAGUCUAUUGCUGCCCCGUAUUCCUCUGAUGUCGAGUAUCCUACAUCAUUGCAGAAAAGCAUGAUUGAAUGUCUCUCGAAUGUGGACUCCGAGUUGGCGGGUGUACCUUCAGCUCUACUCACACUCUACAGUGAUCUCAUCAUGCUACCAUAUAGGAAAGCAAAGGGUGAAAUAGCGCCGAAGGGCCCGACAUAUGUCGCGCUAUCCAAGGCUGCGAUGAAACUAUCAGUGAGAGUGACCCUUCGUCAUGUCGCUUUCGACGAGAUUUACACCUCAGGUGCCAUAUCAAAGGUACUCGAUAGUUUCGCCUUAGCUAUAAGUCAGAAGUACAAAUGGAAACUGGAAGGGAAGACAUCCACAACAUGGCAGACAGCGACGAAAAGCGCGCUCACAGUUCUGGAGUCGAUCCUUGAUCAUCUACGCGAAACUCCCCUUGACCUGGAUAUCAUGAGACUCAUAUGGGGAAAGGUUGUAAUUAUUGCUGAGCACAUCGCUCACGCAGAUCUCGCUGCAGCUUCGCCGACCUCACCCCUAGUGGCCGAUGAGGAAUUUGACAUAUCUUCGCUGGAGAAUCUUCAGAGGCUGAUCAUACCUUCUCUCGGCUCCAGCAAGACAUUAGAGGCGUCUCGCCGUGCUUACACCUCGAGUCUUUUCCGCAGUUCUCUCAUCCACGCUACGGAGGCUGGCGAGAUCCCAGAUCUAGACGGAGGGCCACUUCAAGGGUUGUACACGAUUCGUUUCGGACGGACAUACGAUCCGCAUCCUUCACCUCGUACCAAGAUGUCCCUCUUCUGUCUUUCCGAGCUCAUUGCCCUUGUCACAGCGAAAGAUGGCUCAGCAGAACACGUCAAGCUAGCCCAAGCAGCAGCCCCAUAUCUCAUCCUACGGGCGGCGCUACCCAUAAAACGGUAUAUUGCAGAUCAGCCGCUACGUGGAAAGAUGCCCCAGCCGGAGAGCCAACGACAGGAACUGUUGUUUGUGCUACAGGCAAUGAAGGACUUGGAGUCUGAGCCCAAAGCCAUUCCAGAUGCUGAGGGGAUAAGCUCGACGACCAAGAAGCACCUACAUAGGCUAUUUCCACUCGUCACAAAGGCAAUUAUAGUCGCAGAGCGCGACGCGGAGAUUCUAAGAGCGUUGACGGACUUGUUAGAAGUUGUUAGUGAUGGAUUUGGCAUGUAG